ACCAGAUUGGAUGCCACUUUACCCCGGUGAUUGAAUAGGGCGCUACCUUCGCCGGCAAAAGUAAACAAUGACGGCUCCGGAUUGGCAAUGGGAGAACGCCGUCGCUGGCUCCGUCGCCGGACUUGCUACCGUCACGUUUUCUCAUCCCCUUGAUGUCGUCCGCACUAGAUUCCAAGUUAAUGAUGGUCGGAACCCUAACCUUCCGACCUACAAAAACACUCCUCAUGCUCUCUUCACCAUUGCUCGAUCAGAGGGUCUUAGAGGGCUGUAUGCUGGCUUUUAUCCUGCAGUGCUAGGCUCAACUAUCUCAUGGGGUCUAUACUUCUUCUUCUAUAACAGUGCCAAACAACGGUAUAUGAAAAGUCAAGAUGAGGCAAAUGCGCGUAUUCAUCUUGCUUCAGCUGCAGAAGCAGGUGGGCUGGUGUGUCUUCUUACCAAUCCUGUUUGGGUUGUGAAAACAAGAUUACAACUUCAGACUCCGCAGCAUCAUGGACGUCCAUAUUCUGGUUUUAGUGAUGCUUUGAAAACAAUACUAAAAGAUGAAGGAUGGAGGGCAUUAUACAAAGGGCUUUUACCUGGACUUUUUCUGGUUGCUCAUGGUGCCAUUCAAUUUACAGCAUAUGAAGAAUUUCGUAAAAUUAUAGUCGAUUAUAGGCAUAAACAGAACCCCUCGAUUGAUAGAAGUUCUGAUUUAUUGACAACUAUUGAUUAUGCAACUUUAGGAGCUUCUUCUAAACUGGCGGCCAUCCUUGUAACAUAUCCGUUCCAGGUCAUUCGUGCGCGCCUGCAGCAACGGCCUAGUACAGACGGGGUUCCAAGAUAUAUAAAUAUCCGGCAUGCCAUGGAGAGAACUGCUCGGUUAGAGGGUGUAAAAGGUUUUUACAGAGGCAUUACACCAAAUCUGUUGAAAAAUCUUCCUGCAGCAUCAAUAACUUUCAUUGUGUACGAAAAUGUUUUGAAUUUGCUACAACGUACGAGGAGGAAGGACUAAUUAUUUAAGGAAAUUUUAGUGAUUGUAUCAUGUCUAACAUAACCUUUCUUGAUCUGAAAGCAACCAUUUAGUUUCAGUAUACGUAUGAUUGUAUGAACAUGCAAGCAGAUUUUACUUGAUUAGUAAAUUUAGUGCAUUUUUUUUCAAUAAA